UGUUACUCGCGACUCGUCGGUACAGAGAAAAAAGCCUCUAUCCAGGCUGUAAGCUGCUGUAAGUCGUAUACAUAUAUAUCUUCAUAUAGUUAUAUACACGCACCAACUUGAUAGACCAUCGCAGACGGCAAAAGAAAAUAUGUAAAAUACGCAGAAUCAUGGCGGCGGCUCACCUUGCGAAGCUGCGUUUUCGUUCGGUACUGCGAUUUUCCGACCGAGAGUCCAUACGCUGAAGCCUCGUUUCUCGGACUGCACUUAUCCCAAAGCGUUAUGAGUUAUUCUGGUGCAUCUGACGAUGAUGCUGGGGGGGAUGAGGAUCAGGAAUCUUCUUCUUCCUCCUUGUGUGACAUAGAUACGCUGAAAUCUUUUCGAGAGCAAUGGCAGAGAGAGCUGGAAAUAUCUCCCAAACAUGCUAUUCAUCCUCAAUUAAAGAAACUCCAGGAUGAAAAACUCAAAGAGAAGAAACCAGAAGAGGUCUCCUUAGAAACUAAGGCAAAGAACUUAUUUUUACAAGGUAUAGAGAACGAGCAGUCUGGAAAACUUUAUGAAGCUAUACAGUUCUAUCGCAGAGCAGUGCAGCUUGUACCAGAUGUAGAAUUUCGUCUUUAUGAGUCCACUAAACCUAAAAUACGUGAGAAGAUUGAUGCUGACGAGACGGUUUUGGAGAGACCUACUGGUGAUAAUGACAGGACUGAAUCAGAUGAUUUAAAUGUAGAUGAAAAUGAAUCUGAUAUCUUGGGCAAGCUGUCUAGAAUCAUUCAAAAAAACGGCUAUGUUUGUUUACCUCUACAUGAGCAAAGUACAACACACAUUUCAUCUCUGCCUAUGGAAAUAGUCUUAUAUAUUUUAAGAUGGGUUGUAUCAUCCGAAUUAGACAUUCGAAGUCUAGAAGUGAUUUCGCGAGUAUGCAGAGGUUUUUACGUUUGUGCCAGAGAUGCAGAAAUUUGGAGGAUGGCGUGCGUACGCGUUUGGGGUGUUAACUGCGGUAGAUUCGAACCAAAAUAUCAGUCAUGGCGAGACAUGUACAUGCAGCGUCCCAGAUUGCGUUAUAACGGAUGCUACGUUAGUAAGACAACUUAUAUAAGACAUGGUGAGAAUAGUUUUCAAGACCAAUUUUACAGGCCUUGGCAUCUUGUCGAAUACUUUAGAUACUUGAGAUUUUUCCCGGAAGGAAGAGUUCUUAUGCUCACGUCUACUGAUGAUGCACAGUCUUGUGUCAGUUCCUUGAAAAGUCGCAAUCCACGCAAUAAUACUGUCCUGAUUGGUCACUACAGGCUGCACGAUAAUUGCGUGAGUUUGGUUCUAAAGCGUCAGGAGACCAAAACCAGUUCAGCCACUUUCAGCAAUCGUCGACGAAAGCGUGGCGAACCUGUGCAUGAUAGCGGAGAACAAACUUUUCAUGUGGAAUUCGAAAUUCAAAAUUACCACAAACGUCCAAACUCACAGCUAUCGUGGUUGUGCUACAUCAUAUAUACAAAAUAUAUAGACGGACAAGAAGUUCCAACCAAACUAAGCCUUGGAGGUAGAUAUCCUCCUUUCCGUUUUAGUCGAGUCAAGAGUUAUACUCAGGAGAGCGAGUUUCCGUUGCAAUAAGUUUUUGUAAUUGUUUCAAAUAUUUGAAUAUCGUACAUAGAAUUGUACAUAAAACAAAUCGAUUCUAUAUAGGUAAAUGUAAAUAUUUUUAAACAAUUGUUUUCAUUUAUUAAUAUUAAAGUUGAACAGGUUUAUUUAUUUUUUUUUUUAAAUAUUGCAGAUGAUGUAGAUUUCAAAUAUACACUAUUAUUGAGGCUUUCAAUUGAAAAUAUUAAAAUCUAUGUAAACAUUGAAUGAUAAGCAAUUUAAACUCUUUGAAAAAGUUUUUUAAUUGUUAUUAUAUUUUAUUAGUACUUACCGAAAUCGGAGAUUUGAAGAAUAUAGAUAUUUUGUUAAAUGUUUUUCGAGAAAAGAAAUUAUACAAUUUUUGGAACGGUGUAUAGUUUAUUUAUCUAACAAUAAUAUAAUCUGCUUCGAAGCUUCAAUGUCAGUUUCGAAGUUGCUCUUCGUAUAUAUACUACAAUAAACGUAUUUUUGAUGCAA